AUGCCGCUCAACUACAGCAAGUGGGACAACCUCGAGCUCUCUGACGACUCGGACAUUGAGGAGCACCCCAAUGUCGACAAGAAGUCAAUGAUCCGCUGGAAGCAACGCGACAUUCACGAGAAGCGCGAGCAGCGCAGGCUGCAGAUUGCCAAGCUCAAGUCCGAGCUCGACCUGAACAACGUCCUUCGCCCGCGCAUUGAGACUGUUAUCAACGCUCUCGAGUCCAAGGGCGUGGACGGCUACCGUGCCGUUCAGCGCCGGAUCAAGGAAUCCCCCUCGGACGAAAAGCCAGCAACCAACGCGCCCAACCAGCCUACAUACGACAUGAUGCUUGGCCAGCUGCUCGGCGACGUGUGGCGCGAGGCAGCGUGGCUCGUUGACGGCGACGCCAACGUUGUGAACGGUGGCGUCUUUAUCAAGGGCAGGAAGGUCGACGAGAAGUCUGGCGAGCCCGCGUGGUCCACCGACGCUACGGUCCCCGACGCCAAGAAGGAGGUGAUGGGCGCUGCCCUCACUGAGCGUCUCAAGUUCCAUGUCUCGCUCCUCCACAAGCGUGACGGCGAGAUUGCCAAGGAGAUUGAACACGAGGAGCAUGAGCAGAAUAAGAGGAUUACCAGCGAGGACAUGCACGAAGGCUGGAGUUCGAGCAGUGUCACCAAGGCCGGUCCUAGCCCUCUGGACAAGCCCAAGGCUGCGCCCAAGAAGGAGACGGUCGAGACUAUCGAGGUCCUCAACCCUGGUGCCAGCUCCUCUUCCGCUCCGGCAAAGGCCGCUACCGGAGACGACGACGACGACGAUGACUCGCUCACCCCGCUCACCGACGCUGCGCGUGACUUUGCCAACAUUCCCCUGGGCGCCUUUGAGCAGUCCUAUCAGUUCAUUCAGAAGGACGCGUCAGUGCUCACCGAGGCGACCCACGACGCCAUGCUUCUCGAGGCGUUUGAGGCAGAGCGCAGGGGCGACAAGGCCCUCGCCAAGCGCUGUGUUCACCAAUCGCUUCUCAUCAACUAUUGUCGCGAGCUGGGCCGUGAUGGUGUCGGACUCUUCUUCCAGAGGAUGAUCACCAAGAACCCCAAGUCGCUGAAGAUGUUUGCCGACGACUUUACCCGCACGUACGGCCACGUCGAGCGCAGGUCACGCGAGCUUGCCGAGGAGGCAGCCAACGACAAGGGAGUGGAGGUGAUCCAGCUCGUGUCCGAGGACCCCAGUGUCAAGAUUGGCUUUAACAUUCCCGACGGCCCUCCUCCCGCGGAGCUGCGUAUCGAGGGCGAGGGCGCCGACGAGCUCGACAUGGACCAGGUGCGCGCCUUUUUGAAUCGCAAGUGGGAGAUCUUUGAGGGCUUCCCACAGGACCUCCAGAAGGCUCUCCAGUCCGAAGAGCUCGAUGCCGUCAACAAGGUUCUGGGCGACAUGAAGGUCUCUGAGGCUGAGAAUGUCGUCGAGCUGAUGCAAGAGGGGGGCAUGCUCAGCUUUAGCGAGGAUGGCGUGCGUGACAUGACCAAGUGA